AUGGGCAUCAUCCAAGAUGCCGCUGGCCAUCCCUUGGCCCAGCUGUACUUUCAGCAAAGCAUUGGCGCCCAGAUCGCCAUUGGCGUCGUGGGCUUUGUCGCGCUCUCCGUCUUCGUCAACGUCAUGCAGCAGCUCCUCUUCAGGAACCCUACCGACCCGCCGCUUGUCUUCCACUGGUUCCCCUUCAUUGGCAGCACCGUGAUAUACGGCAUGGACCCUCCCAAGUUCUUCCGCGACAAUCGCGAAAAGUAUGGCGAUGUUUUCACCUUUGUUCUCCUCGGCAAGAAGACCACCGUGGCUGUUGGCCCUACUGGAAACGACUUUAUCCUCAACGGAAAGCUCAAGGAUGUCAACGCUGAGGAUAUCUACACUGUCUUGACCACCCCCGUCUUCGGACGCGAUGUCGUCUACGACUGCCCCAACGCCAAGCUUAUGGAGCAGAAGAAGUUCAUGAAAAUUGCUCUUACCACCGAAGCGUUCCGAUCCUACGUUCCCAUCAUCUCUCACGAGGUUACCUCCUACUUCAAGCGCACCGCUGCCUUCAAGGGCAAGUCUGGAACCGUUGAUAUUCCCAAGAAGAUGGCCGAGAUUACAAUCUUCACUGCUUCCCACGCUCUUCAGGGCAGACUCAUUCGCAACAAGUUCGACGAGUCUCUGGCCGACCUGUACCACGACCUCGACAUGGGCUUCACCUCCAUCAACUUUGUGCUGCACUGGGCCCCUCUUCCCUGGAACCGCAAGCGUGACCACGCUCAGCGCACCAUUGCCAAGAUCUACAUGGAUACUAUCAAGGAGCGAAAGGCCCUCGGCGAUGCAGACACUGAACUCGACAUUAUGAAGCAUCUCAUGACAUCUGUGUACAAGAACGGCACCGCCGUCCCCGACCACGAGAUCGCCCACAUGAUGAUUGCUCUGCUCAUGGCUGGCCAGCACUCCUCGUCAUCCACCAGCUCUUGGAUCAUGCUCCGCCUUGCCCAGAACCCCAAGGUCGUUGAGGAUCUGUACCAGGAACAAAUCAACGCCCUGGGUGCCGACUUGCCUCCCCUGCAGUACGACGAUCUGGCCAAGCUCCCUCUGAACCAGGCCAUUGUCAAGGAAACUCUGCGUCUUCAUGCCCCCAUCCACUCCAUCAUGCGCGCCGUCAAGCAGCCCAUGCCCGUUCCUGGUACCAAAUAUGUUAUCCCCACCACGCACACUCUUCUCGCGGCUCCCGGUGUCAGUGGCUCCGACCCCAGCUAUUUCCCCAACCCCUUCGAGUGGGAUCCCUACCGCUGGCUGCCUGGCUCUGCCAACGCUCCCCUUAUCGCUGCCCGAAACGAAGAGGAAGAAGAGAAGAUCGACUACGGCUACGGUAUUGUCAGCAAGGGUGCCGCUUCACCUUAUCUUCCCUUUGGUGCCGGUCGUCACCGAUGCAUUGGUGAGCAGUUUGCCAACCUGCAACUACAGACCAUCAUUGUCGAGACUGUUCGCUUGUUCAAGCUGAGCAACGUGGACGGCAGCGACAAGAUCGUUGGCACUGACUACGCCUCUCUGUUCUCUCGACCGCUGGAACCUGCCGAGAUUCGGUGGGAGCGAAGAGACUAG